CUGAACGCACAAACUCCCCUCCCCACACGCAGCGCCUGACCUGAGCAGGAUUCAAACUUUGGGCUUAAGAGCUGUGAGGCUGCACGGCUUACCUCUUUUCAAGAUGAGCUGCUAUUUGUAUUGAAUGCAACUGCCGUGCAAAACGUUGUCAAGCGGGGGUGCUUUUUCAUGUAUCUGCCUGUUAUGACGGACACUCUUCAUUUUAAUAGCUACCUCAGCUGACACCUGCAUUUGUUCCAGCCUACUGCAGCAGCAAUCUCUGCAAAGAUAGGACUCAUGUCUCCGCUCUCCACAAUUGUUUUCUUAUUUUGUCUGUUAACGGAAUAACAACGCCCAACGAAAAAGAGGAAGGUUCUUUUUCAAAGUGAUCUUAAACAACAUUGCCGUUUUGGAGCGUAGGUUCAGUGCCGAAUGGCGUUUCAAUGGAUGAUUUAAGAACAAGGUUUACUGCUGAAAGGAGUUAAACAACAUAAUUGAUGAAUGCCGAAAGGCGCUGCUUUUGUACUUCGGAGAGUAUUCUGUGGUGGGCCAAGUAAUCUGCCACGUCGCUGCCCAUCUCCUUCAUGGCCCGCAGAUUUGUAUUCGCCGGGGAGACUUGCAAGGGCGAGAGGGUCGCGCCAGCUGCAACUUGACGGGCUUUUUGACCCGGUGACGUGCAUUGGAUUCUCUCGUACGAGAAAGCGGAAUAUAUUAUUGUAAGCAGCGGAGAAAAUUGCAAAGGCGCAGGGGGCUGAAGCUAAAGUAAGAGCUGCUUUUCUCAUCUCUGUUAUUGUGUCGGAGAGGCAGCACGAGCGGACAGCAGAGCUUCACUUCGCGGUCUUCUGCAGCCCAGUCGCGCGUACCAUGCUAGAGCAAUGAUCUGUGAAUGGAAGUAAGUUGCACCACCUGAACUAUGCACCAUCCGGGCUGUUCUGUGCACCUGAAUGCACUAAAAGCCAGCAGGUGCAGGGCGGCUACAAGUUGGCAUGGUAAUGACGAUCAAGAUUGCGAUCCUGGGGGCUCGAGGAGUGGGCAAGACAGCCAUUGUGAGACAGUUCCUUUACAAUGAGUUUAGUGAAACAUAUGUGCCCACUAAAAAGCGGCGUGUCUACCUGCCGGCCGCUGUUCUUAAUGAACAUGUACACAACCUGCAAAUCAUGGACUUCCCUUCUAUCCCAUCUUUUCCAGUCAACACUUUCCAGGAAUGGGCCAAUGCCUGCUGUCGUGGAGUUCGCAGUGCUCAUGCCUAUAUUCUAGUGUAUGAUAUUUGUUGCUUUGACAGUUUUGAAUACAUCAAGACCAUACGGCAGCAAAUUGUCGAGACAAGACUGAUGGGAACAACAGAGACUCCCAUCAUCAUAGUGGGAAACAAGCGGGACCUGCAGCGGAAUCGUGUCAUCCCACGGCGGAAUGUCUCCAACCUCGUUAAGAAGAACUGGAAGUGUGGGUAUAUCGAGUGCUCUGCUAAGUACAAUUGGCAUGUGCUGCUGCUCUUUAGUGAACUACUCAAGAGUGUGGGCUGUGGCCACUGCAAGCAUGUGCAUACAACCAUUCGUUUCCAAGGUGCCCUGCGCAGGGACCGCUGCAGCAUUAUGUGAGCCAGUCUGCAUUUAAUACACUAAAGCACGUCAUGCAAAGUAAUUAAAGUGCGCUAGCAGCCUGGCAAGGUCCAGUGGCUCAGGGGAUGCUUUAUAAUUAUCAGUUUAUUUAUUUACUUACUUUCUUAUUUAUUUUCAAAAGUGUAUGAGCUUGCAGUGUAACAGUUUUUCUGAUGGAUGGGUUCCCGAUUUCUUUUUUUUUUUUUUUUAUGUGAAGUCUGUCCACUUGUGCCUGAAUGUCUGUUCUUCCAAAGCUCUGCCUGCCAAAGGAGGUUAUUCUUCUUGGGCUAUAUCUGAACUCAGAUGGACAUUGCCCUCAUUAACGUAUCAUGCCAAAAAGAGAACCCAGCAGAACCAAUUCCAACUUUAAUAAGUUCAAAAUUGAAGUGAUAUUUCACUGACCAGCAAACAUUUUUGUUAGCUGCUCAGGAACAUCAAAGGCAUGAGACUUUUCAUAGCUCCACCAUAGUAAACGUGAAAAGAAGUUCCCACUAGACCUUAAAAAAAUUUUUCAUCAAUCAAAAAUCCUCCUUCCAACUCCCUUUGUUAUGUUAUUCACAGUGGCUCUUAAGUUUUUGAAUCCUUUAUUUAAAUAUUUUUAAACCAUUCAGUACUUUUUAAUUCGCUUUCCUUACCAUAUUUUUAUUAUCUAUGUUCUAGCCUUUUUUUGCUAGAGGAGUUUAUUUUCUAGUACUGUAAUACUGCAAAAGAAAAAAAAAAUUGCAGAUGUUGCAUUUAAUUUACUUUUAGUCUUUUUUGAUAUUGAUGUAGGACGUGAGCCUGCUAAUUAUUUCUGAUUCCCACUGGAGCUCUGAUGUCCGUGUGACUCCCUUUGAGCCAUCUGUGUUUUAUUAUGGACCCUUAACUAGUAUAUUCCAUGAAGGACUGUAUAUUUUUCACUUCUUUAAAACAUAAACAUUAGCAGAUUUAAAUAAGUUGUAUUUUGUCAUUUUAAUGUAUUAUGCGUUUCCUUAUUCUGUAAAAAGAGCAGUGUCUUUCUUUUCUUUACUGUACCUAGCAAUAAGCAAAACAUGGUACAAUUAGUUUAUUGAAAAGUAAUGACAUCUGUUCUAUUUUGUUUGCUUGAAAUUGUAGCUAUAAUUUGAAUGUCUGUGCUUGUAUUUCAGUUAUGAAUGAAAGCUGUCCAUACAUUAGGAUGAUGUUACGAUCCUGUAUGUAUAUUGUACCAUAUGUGCUCUAUGCAAGUAGAUGGUAUAGUAAGAAAUGAGGAGAGUUUAUUCGGCAUAAUAAAAUCUCAAUGGGUGUGCAAAAACAAGCUGUGCGUACCUUACUAAAACCUGUUCACUUAGAAAUAUUAGUAAACAUGUAUGAAAAUCAUAUAGUGUAUGGUUAUUGAAAGAGCGUCUCCUCGACUCAGUGGUUAGUGUGUCAGAAUACAAUAUACAUGUAUAGUUCUCUGAUCCAGUAUAUUGUAAUAUAUUUUCAUUUUUUGUCAACAGUUUUAAUUAUAGUAACAUAGGCUCAUGAUGACAAAGUAUUGGUUAAACAGAUUUUUUUGGGUAUAACAAUGAAUUUGGAGUAACAAUAAAGACGUUAACAUUUUAGCCUUCUUUCACAUAAAAAAAACAACACAAUGACCCUGGCUUUAAAGGCCAUUUUUCUGUUGCCAUAGUGCUUUGGUGUGAACCAUUGGAUUGGUGUGUAUUUGCAUGUGAUUUGAUGUGAUCAACAAAUGAUCAAAAUAAAUAUGUAUAAGUAUUAUCCUUGGAAGGAUGCUGUUUGACUUAGCAUCCAAGCAGUGUGACAAUGAGAAAGCUAAUACAAUGAGUGUACCAUUGAAAAGUAAUUUUUAUAUCGGGGCUUUGAAGAAUUAGUUUACUGUUGUGUACGUCUAAAGAGAAGCAACAAGCACACUAUCUGAUCAUUUUGUGCAUUUUCCAUAGCUGAUGUAGCAUUUUAUAGCAAGCUGGACAAAUAGCAGAUUCAACCAAAGUACUAAUUUCAUUCUUGAAGUUAAAAUCCCAAUAGCUUGAACAGGAAUGUACACAGUUCAAUUAAGCAUUACUUGCAUUCAUUAACACAAACACUUGUUGAAUUGUUGUAAAUAUGCAUAAUUAUUGUCUCAAUUUUGGUUUAAUUGAAUCAGUUGUAUUAUUCCAAAUUUUAAUUAUUUAAAUACAUUCAGCAAUGCAAAAAUAAAAAGAAAUAAUACAGAAACAACAAGAUUUUUAUAUGAUAAAUCUUGCUGUCACAGAUCACGUGCCAGAUUCUGUUUUUAGACAUGUUUAGACACCACUUGUUUUCUCCCUCUCUUCUCGGUGUUAUUGCUGUUGUGUUGAUUUUCAUUAAUGAUUUUCAUUUUUUUGACAGUCCACCAGACAUAAGCAUUUCGGCAAUAUUGUCUGCUAAUGAGAAAUUUAAAAAAUGCAAGCGUUCACUAGUAACACUUUAGCUGAUCUAUUUAACGUUCUUCCAAAAUGUCCAUCUUUUUUGGUCAUCAGACGGUUUAUAUGGACACUCUUGUGUGAUACUGAGCAAAUUUAUGGUUGUAGUAACUCAACAUGAAGUGUGUACUUUGUGCCAGAUGUCAACGUAGCAUUUAGGACCUGGCAGGUGCACCAAAGACCCAGUUGCAUAUAUGUAGCUGGAAUGUGGACAAUAAGUAAAAAAAAAUAUUUGAACAUUUGCAUUUUGUAUUAGAAGUAAGGUUUACAUAUGUUCAACAGCUGAAAUGUGAUGUUGUGGUCCAAGGUAAACUACUCCUUCAAACGCAGACUUGAGCAGUGCUAGAAAGCGGUUAGGUGCUAACACCACUUACAAGUAUACCAGGUAACUGAGUAUAGAAUGGCUUUCUUAUUGUUUCUUCUUUUCUUUCGGUUUCAGAAAUACAGCAUAAGCAUUAACAAACAAUACACAUAAUAACUCAUUACACAGUUUAGUAGAUAUUUUUAAACAUAUUUGCUGUGCAAAAUGAAAUAUCUAUAGAUGCAGUUAUAAUUUCCAGGCAGAUUCAUAAGUUUGAAAUUCAUUACAGAAAAAAUGUUUCCCUUAUUAUAAUUUAAAAUGAAUCGCUUAUUUAACAGUACGAUGUAAUAUUUAUAUUUAGAUAAAAUCCUUUAAAAAAAAUUGAUUUCUAUAGCUCAAUGUCUUAUCAUCACAAGGUAAGGUGAUAGUCUCAGUAAUUAAGUGAUAUUUAAUAGAUGUGUAAUCUGAAAAAUAUUGAGCAUUGCAAUGAAAUUGAAGAAAACUCAUAAAAUAUCAGAUGAAUGAUCAUUUAAUCUGUCAUCUUAGAGUGAGGUGUUAUUAAAAUAAGGAUUGUUCACCUCUUCCAUUUAAAAAGUGUAGAAGUUAAAAAGACAGCAGCUCUUAGUCUUCUUUAACUAAUCUCCUUCAGUAAUUUAAAAAGAAUACUUUAUCCUUUUUGUUUGUAAUAUUUGGAAACUAUUUGACUAAUGUUGGCACACUGUCAUUCUGUAGUAAUUCAAUUAAAUGCAUUGCUGUGUUCAAAUGUUUAUGUAUUUUCUUAUAUAAUAAUUCUGAAUGCAUCAACUUGAGAAUUUUCAUUAGUGCAGAAGAGUUUGUGUGUUUUCCUCAGGAUGUGAUUUACUUCCCCUUCUGCAGCUCUCUUCCUUAAGUCAGAACUUAACAAUUGAAAAGUUACAAAAAGAAAAUCAGUCAUUUUGAAGGACAUCGUGAGUGAAUAUAAACUUGCCAGCAUGUCAUUAAUUUUGGGGCAAUAUUUCAAACUUGAACAGACAUUUAUUUUUAUUUUGCAUAAUAUAUAUUUUUGGGAAUCAGCACCUGUUUAAAAAAUAAACUGAAUUCAGGUACAUGUUUUUGAUUCUGUCUGUUAAAAAAAUGUCAAUGUGCAAUUAACCUUGUAUUUCUACAGUGAGAUUUGCCAAUUUUAUUGUACAUUUUAUUAAUAUAUUUGGGCUGCCUCACAUGAAUUUGAAAUACGUGUAGUGAAUAUUGUUGUUUCUCUCUAUACUUUUCCUGGACUUUUAAAGAUUGCUGACCAUUCUAUGUACUGUGUGUUUCAAAUUGCUUCCAUUUUCAUUAUACUCAUAAAAAUUAGAUAAAUGCUGUUUUUUGAUUGACAUUGUAGUGUUGAAUAAAAU